AAAACUCUCCACCAAAAAAGCCUAGGUAACAGAGGACGUAGUACGCACCGAGGAAGAAACAGCUGGGACGGCUUCGCGCUGACAUAACAGUUCGUGUUAGGCAGAACUUGAUAUUUUCUUAUUCAUAAACAAUAAUGAAUGAACAGCAGGAGAGAGUCAUGAGAAUUGAAUGCGUUGGUACAAACUACCUUCUUCCCAAAGGAAAGCUGGUUUUUGAUGAACAAAAACGACAAUGAAAGGCCAAUUGAGUUACCUUUCCAAGGCGAAAUUGACUGGAAAAAGGAAAUUCAUGUGGGAAACAGCUCCUUGAUAUACACAGAUACCAGCUGCACAUUAGAUGAACACAUAAGUCGGUUCACAUAUAACGAAAAAUCCAAAUGGUUAUCCUCUGAAGGACGCGUUCCUAAGGGCGAUUCUGUGGUCGGGACAUACACAAGUGCAUUUCGACAACCGCCUGGACUUCAUCCAACUCUAGUCCUCCAUGUUUCCAAAUCCGUCACGCCUCCUGGAAAGUGUCAAAUGCAAGUUUUGGCAGCUAUACCAUCAACUUUGUUUGUCGACAAGUAUCAGCUAACAUCGUUGGCGGAGAAAGACAUUAAGAAUGUACACGAACUCGUUGAACUUGUGGGCGAAACCGACCUGGAAGCCCCAUCAUACAAUGUUCCAGGUUGGGGAAGCGUACUCCUCUUGGAUGUAAAUGCACCACUCAACAUGGACGAAUUUGACAUUGAAAUUCCUUUGCACACACGCUACCAGCUACCGCAGGAAGAUGGAAUGUUCCAUGUCGCCAGCAUGCAGUCACCCACGGUUUUUUGGUCUUGCGGCGAACAUGUUGAUUCCGUUGAACAGCUUCUCAGUAGAGAAAAGCUCGAAGAACCUGCCGGUACCUUUGUUCUUGACUAUGUCGAAUCAAGUCUUAACGUCCUAAUUCCAACGGCUGAUGCGAAGAAAGAGACCGAGGUAUCAAUCCUCACCAAUGCCGUUGUGAGUGCUGGUUUUAUUUACCUUGUUGUUGUUUUAUUGCGACAGCUUUGGAAGCCGAAAGAAGAUUAAAUGAAUUACGUGAACGAGUGAGCAGCUUUAACCACGGAGAAAACUGCACUGCAAUAUGUAAAAAUGUCUCAAAAACAGAGGAUUCUGAAUAUGCCUAUCAAAAUUGUGCGGAAUGGAUCCGAAAACGUAACCGAGCUUCUCAUUAAGGUUCAAAGGGCUUAAAAACAGCAGUCGUGACGUACUAAAAUGAAUAAUGUUAGCAUCAUCAAUGAAACAAUGAAUGUCGAAUAAAAUUGCAUACCUUUCGAUGAUAACGGGUGGUAGCACUCAAAGCCAA